UUAUGUCAGAUGACCAAAACAAAGCUGAUGAGACGUACUCCGAUUAUUUCGUGUUGUGUUUUCACUGGUGACUCAUUCAGUGCAGAAAAAUUCUGGAAUACUACUGAAUAGUUGGGAGCUCAAGCUGUGUUUUACUAUUCGUGUUGUCGGUUCUAUUUCAACCUUGUGAUUUAAGUUUCCAUAACCCCCCAAAAUGUCCCUUAAUACUGCUCACGCGAAUAACGGAGUGCUAAUACAUGCCGGAGAAGGCAUCCUGAUCUUCUGUGACAAUGUCACCAUGGAGUUCAGCGGUCAGGACGCCCCGGCCUUCAAGGGCACCAAGCAAGGUCGCGUAUAUCUUACGACGCACCGCAUGAUUUUCAACAACAAAAAAGACAGCGAUCCGAUGCAGUCGUUCAGUUUUCCCUUCGUCACACUAAAUGAUGUCCAGCUCGAGCAGCCAGUGUUCGGCGCGAACUACAUCAAAGGCAAGGUGCGAGCGCAGGAGAAUGGUAACUGGACUGGCGAAGCUAAGUUUAAGCUCGUUUUCAAGCACGGCGGAGCCAUUGACUACGGACAGGCUAUGUUGAGAGCGGCUGCCAUGGCUCAGCGAAAUGCAGGCACUGCGCCUCCGCCACCAUACACACCUCCAGGCGGCGGCUGGUAUGCAGCGCCUCCACCUGCCUACACACCAAACCCGUACAACUAUGGAUGGGUCCCGUCAACAACCGUAUUUCCAGACCAACCGGCGCCGAACUCGAUCUACAUGCACGACAGCCCGCCACCGUAUCCCGGAAUCAUAUCCGGACCGCCGCAAGGUCAACCCCAAGGCUACCCGCAAGGUUAUCCUCCACAGGCUUAUCCACCCCAAAAUGGUUCCGCGUAUCCCCCUCAGCAGCCCGGCUAUCCAAUGCAGAACGGCGCUCCUGGAUAUGGCUUUGCUGGUGGGCCAGGAGUUGCCGGGGCAUCUGCUGGGGCCAUGGGCUUUACCCAACCACCUCCAGCAAAUUCGAAAGAGGCUGAAGCCGCUCAAAGCGCAUACUACGAUCCAAAUCAACCGCAAACGGCGUAUGUUCCACCACCAGCCUACUACGAACCUCCGCCAAGUUACAGUUCUCUGAACAAGAAGGAUCAGUAAUUUUGGAAGUUUUAUUACAUCAUUACAUACAUGGUACGCUAGAACCGCGCUUUGCAAAUCCGCUUAUAAAAAUCACCAGUGCAACCUAUAAUGUACCUAAACAUAACCUACCAAGAGAUUGAGUAUAACUCUUGAAUAGAAUAUUCGGCACAUCUCCUUGGAGUUUUUGUUUUAAUAGCUGGAUUAAGUAAGAAAAGCAGGAAGGCUUGAUUGGUUAAUGCACCAUAAAACGACGGAUGUCGACAGGAUUGUUGCUCCGAUCGUUCGAAAGAAUUGAAUGAACUAAAAAUAUUUACCUUAACAUACAUUACCAAUUAUAAUUAUUAUACGAAUGUUGUAAAUCUUUUAGUCUUGUAUUACAUUUGCAUGAUCGUUUAAUAAACUUGAUCGUGUAUCGUAUUUGUUGAGCAUAA